AUGCCAUUUUUAAGAUCGCCACAAGAUGGCUCCCACUGUGAGCGGCUCAAAAAGACUGGAAGUGUUGUAGCAGAUAGGAAGUUUGGGGUCAAAGAGGGAUGUCCCCGUUGUCUGUAUUCCCGGGAUUCCACACAGGAAGGUCACACCAUACCCCACCAUCAUCAGGCUGCAGAACUGAAAGACAUCAAAAUUGAGAUUAAAGAGGAAGAAGGUGAGACGUUCGUGAGUGGAGAUCCACAGUCUACGGAGGAAGGUGGUCAAUUAUAUUCCGGGGAUUCCACACAAAAAGAUUAUAGCAUCUUUCACCAUGAUCAGAAUGAAGAACUGAAAGACAUCAAAGUUGAGGUUAAACAGGAAGAAGAAGAGAGGUUGGUGAGUGGAGAUCAGCAGUCUAUGGAGGAGGGGGAGAUGAUUAUGAAAAGUAAACAGGAGGAAUCUUCUCUACAUAUUGACGCAAAUGGACUUUAUACCUGGAAUAGCAGGGAGAGGAAUCCUAUUCUAUGUACGAAUGUUAAUGGAGAAGACCAUGGCAUUGUAAAAAAUGCUCAAGAAGAUAAUCGUAUUACUCAAAUUAUGCAUCACGUACCUUACACUUCUCUUUAUACCUCAAUGGAUAUCUCUAAUCCUGAGGAAUCGUCUGAUAAAUCACAUAGAGUUAGUCUAGAUAGUUCAACAGAUCCAUCUAAUCCCAGGGAAAUGUCUUUAACUGAUGAAGGAGUUCACAAAGUGAAGAGUUUAUUUACAUGCUCCGUGUGUGGGAAAUCUUUUACUCGAAAGAGAACUCAUCGUGAACACCAGAGAUUGCAUACAGGGGAGCAUCUAUAUUCAUGUUCAGAAUGCCAUAAAUGUUUUAUUGACAAAGGACACCUUCUUAGACAUGAGAGAAUUCACACGGGUGAGCGUCCUUUUUCAUGUGCGGAGUGCGGGAAAUGUUUCACACAGAAAGGAGACCUUCAUAUACACCAGAGAAUCCACACAGGUGAACGGCCCUACUCAUGCUCAGAGUGUGGGAAAUGUUUUACAGAUAAAAAAGUUCUUCUUACACACCAGAAGUAUCACACAGGAGAGCGUCCUUUCUCAUGUUCAGAGUGCGGGAAAUCAUUCAUUCUUAAAAGUGAACUUGUUAGACACCAGAGAACUCAUACUGGCGAGCGUCCUUUCUCAUGUUCAGAGUGUGGGAAAUGUUUCACUCAGAAGGGAGCCCUUCAUAAACACCAGAUAAUUCACACGCGUGAGCGCCCUUUUACAUGUUCAGAGUGUGGAAAGUCUUUCAUUGAGAAAGGAAAACUUCUUAUACACCAAAGAAUUCACACAGGCGAGCUUCCAUUCUCCUGUUCAGAGUGUGGGAAGUGUUUCAUCGCAAAUGCAAAACUCCUUAGACACCAGAGAACUCACAUUGCUAAGGUUCCUUUACCCUGUCAGUAAAAACAUAUCUGCUGAUAACGUUGACAAAUGUAU